AUGGCGUUGGUGAGGGAGCACGGUGGGUACGGCGGCUACGACGCCGGCGGCGCCGAUGCCUUCGACGCGCUCGGGUACGGCCACGACGCGCUGCAGGGCUUUGACGCGGCGGCGUCGUUGUUCGGGGGAGGCGGAUCGCACGCUGGCGCGGGCUACGUGGCUGACAGCGGGAACGUCUGCUUGCCGCCGGGCGCGCGGGCGUCAUCUGUCCUCGCGUUCGACCGUGCGGCGGCGGCGGCGGCGGUGUCGGGGGAGGAGGAGGACGAGGAGCGCGACGCGUGGAUCGAUGCCGCGGACCGGAGCUACGGCGACAGCGCGGCGGCAGAGGCGCGUUCGCUGGCGGUGUCCGUGGGCUUCGACGCGGCCACGGGGUGCUUCACCCUGACGGAGCGAGCGGCAUCGUCAGGCGGCGCGGGGCGGGCGUUCGGCCUGCUGUUCCCGAGCACGGCGGCCGACGCCGCCUCGCCCGAGCGCGCGGCGCCGGUGCGCGCCUCGCAGAAGCGGACCUACGUGGUAAGUGCCGCGCAAUCACAAUUCGUUUCUCCGCCGGCCGACGUGAGCCCCAAGAAGCACUGCGGCGCGGGCAGGAAGGCCACCAGCAAGGCCAAGUCGGCGCCCACCAUGCCGACCAAGGACCCGCAGAGCCUCGCGGCCAAGAAUCGGAGGGAGCGGAUCAGCGAGCGGCUACGGACGCUGCAGGAGCUGGUGCCCAACGGCACCAAGGUCGAUUUGGUCACCAUGCUCGAGAAGGCCAUCAGCUACGUCAAGUUCCUCCAAUUGCAAGUCAAGGUUCUUGCGACAGACGAGUUCUGGCCGGCGCAGGGAGGAACGGCGCCGGAGAUCUCCCAAGUGAGGGAGGCGCUCGACGCCAUCUUGUCGUCGGCGUCGCAGAGGGGGCAAUUGAAUUAGCUAGAACACAAGAGCAUAGCUCUGGAUCAAACGCAUGUGAUAGAAUUUACUAGUAACAUCGAACCACCUCGUUCGAAGAUAAAUAAGGAGGCAAAUGCAUAAGUAAUAACACUUUGAUCUUAUUCUC